AAUUCGAAAAAUAUGACAUAUCCCUUUAAAUUAGCUUCGUGUCAUGUCUCAUAUUGGCCUCGCCUCCGGAUCCUUUCCUGGCCUAUCAUAGCGCAGCACACGUGACGAGCGUUCUUUGCGAUGACCUCAUCCCUAGUGUGGGAUGACGUCAAAUUCAAGAUGGAUGGAAUCACGACAAGCGCGCAGAAAUCCACACAGCACUGAAUAAAGUCGCGGCUGUGUGGAGGAAAGAGCAUAUUGACGACGGGCAGGCCAUGGAGAGCCUAGUGCAUUACAGCAAUCCCUCCCAUGCCCUCUCCGCAUUAGGGCUUCUGAAUGAGCAGCGCCUGCGGGGCCAGAUGUGUGACGUGGUCCUGGUUGUGGCGGACCAGAGGUACCAGGCCCAUAAGAGUGUGCUGGCCGCCACCAGUGAGUAUUUCCAGACCAUGUUCACUCAAACGGAUGCUGAGUCGCUGAAAGUUGUGAACCUGGACUUCUGUGAGCCGGACGCCUUCGAGAUAGUUCUGAAUUACAUUUACUCCUCCUCACUUUUUGUGGACAAGGGCAGUCUAGCAGCUAUUCAAGAGCUGGGUUACAGCCUUGGAAUCCCUUUUCUCACCAACAUAGUGUCAACAAGGCCCCAUGCCUCCUACUGUGUGUCUAGAAAAAGGCUUUCGUUCUCGGAGGGCGAGGACAACGACUUGCAGACAAGGAGUGUCAUUGUGCGUCGGGUCCGGAAUGACACAACCCAUCCCUCCCUCUCAAAUUAUCAGAGAAAAUCAUCAGAGAGAUCGUCUUCUUCGUACACGGCUCGAGAGCCCGCUGUGCCUCAAUCGGGACCCAACUCGUAUGAAGCUCUCAGAAACUCUGAAUCCAUCAGCCCGAAAUUGCCGGAGCAGAGUGAAGCUGCUGAGAGGAAGCCCAUCUAUCCCUACACAUCCAUAUUAAAAGGGAACUUGUCGCACAUCGCAUCCGUUCGGCCCCAGCUGACGUCAUCGGUGUCUUUCAGUGAUGCAGAAGUGCAGCACACCAGGCUGCAGUCUGGCACUGAACAGGACACUAAGGAGGAAGAGGAGGAGGAGCAGCAGCCCCACUAUCACACCAAAGUGCCCUUCCGGGGUCAUGCCACUGAACCGAGGCAAACCAUUGACAGGAGCGGGCCGCUCAUUAAAAGCCUACUCCGGAGAUCGCUGUCCAUGGACAGCCCGGUUCCGGUCUUCUCGCCCACGCUGGAGCUCAAGGGGCUGCACAACCGCGAACAAUCGGUCGUCAAAAUGGCGUCAAAAGCAUCUGGGCCAGAAACACCAAUUCACAAUGGCGAUUCAAAAAGAACAUCUCCCCUGGUUCUCAGGUCAAAGUUCCCCAGCAGGUAUGAUGAAACUACUCAGGUAAAAAGAGAGUACAGUGUGAAAGCCGAGCCCAGCAGUCCACUCCCUGACCCCAUGGACAUUGUUCGUAUUACAGUUGGAGAUCCGUUGCCAGUCAAUCUUAGAGACUUGCAAACAAAUUACGAGCAAGACACUACGCGGGACUUCAAUCCCUUUGGGAAAAGGAAGGAUAGAGCGGACAACAGAAGAUACCCAUUCAAAAAGAACAAAAUCUUUAAGGAGCAAACCCUCGCACUUGAUGUGAACUUGUCAGAAACGGGAUCGCAGAAGAGCGCAGGCAGCCAUUCCAAUGAAAACAGAGGGGAGAUGCCCCAAAACAAGAUUUUCAAAUGCUGGAAUUGUUUGAAGGUUUUCAGGUCCAGCGCUGGACUACACCGUCACGUAAAUAUGUAUCACAAUCCCGAAAAGCCGUAUGCUUGCGACAUCUGCCACAAGCGCUUCCAUACCAACUUCAAAGUGUGGACUCACUGCCAAACUCAGCAUGGCGUGGUGCAAAACCCAGCAUCGUCCUCCAGCUCCUCUGUGCUGGAUGAGAAAUUUCAGAAGAAGCUGAUAGAUAUCGUUCGAGAGCGGGAAAUCAAGAAAGCAUUGCUUUGGAAGCUGAAGAGGAAUAAGCAGGGUCUGCAAUCUCCUGCUCUCGCCAAGAAGAGAUCAAGGCCCAGCUUCAUAUGUCCUUACUGUGGGAAGGUAUUUGUGUUCCAGUCUCAGUACCGACAGCAUUUAAGGACACACCUUGCUGAUAAGCCUGACGAGGACGCGGAGAGCGAGAGCAUCCUUUACCAGGAGCGGGAGAACGCGGAUGCCGGCGUCUACUCCUGUAGACUCUGCAACAUGAAGCUGUCCUCACUCUUCGAGCAGGGAGACCACGAGAGGGGCUGUCGACACGCAACUGUGUGCCCCUACUGCGGCCUGCGCUUCUCCAGUCCGACCGUCAAGACGGACCACGAGGCCCAUUGUAAGUACAAGAAACUGACGUGCCUGGAGUGCAUGCGGACCUUCAAGUCCUCCUUCAGCAUAUGGCGCCACCAGGUGGAGGUCCACAACCACAACAUGAUGACAGUCAAAGACCAGCUCCAGCUCAGGCAGCAGGAGAACAACGUAGAGGCGACCGAAAUGCUCGAUGAGGAGCAUUACAGUGAUGAGCUUCUGGUGCCCGGGAGCUCCAGGGAGGCCAUCGCUUACAGCGACUCCUCGGGUCCCCCCAUGUACGAUUCGGAAGACUCGUCAUCUUAUGUGCCUGAGGAUCUGAGCAUGGUCCACCAUGGAAAGCUGGUGGUGAAAGAGGAGCCGUUGGAGGAGGCCGUGAGUGAGAUGGAGAACUCUCAGUCUGCCAGAUCGGGGCCCGAGGAGCCCGGCGUGUGGCCGUGCGAGAAGUGUGGAAACCUCUUCAGCUCUCGUAAGGACCUGGAGCGGCACCAGGAGCUGCUGUGCCACAUCAAGCCCUUCAUCUGUCACAUCUGCAACAAAGCCUUCAGGACCAACUUCCGCCUUUGGAGCCACUUCCAGUCACACAUGUCGACCGCUAGCGAGCCUGGAGCCAAAGAGGCCGACAGGGACCCGUCGUCUCUGUCUCCGUCGCCGCCCCCGACCCCUCUGAGCGCAGAGCGGCCUUCCACUCAGGCCUCCACCACCAAGUCUGCCCCGGCAGGCCCAGUGGCUGCCGUAAUGGCCGAGGAGUCCAGCAGCCCAGAGCCCUGCGGCGCGUCGGCCGGAACGUCAAAAAUGCCCGAGCUGGAGCGCCAAUACGGCGGCCACAGCCCUCUGUCCAGGUCAAACAGCGUGGAGAACCCAGGCGGCCCUCAGGAAUCCGACACGCUCUUCUACCACGCUCCAUCCCUCUCGGCCCUGGCGUUCAAGAGGCAGUACAUGUGUAAACUCUGUCACAGGACCUUCAAGACCGCCUUCAGUCUUUGGAGCCACGAGCAGAGUCACGGCCACGUGUAAGCACGUUAUGGCGGUGCACCUCCCUCCAGACAAUACUUCAUGUUAUUAGAAAGAACACACCUCAGCCUACAAAAGGAAGACUCUGAAUGUAUAGCUUGUUUGCUUGCCUCCAAUGUCAUGGAUAUAUAAUAUAUAUAUAUAUAUAUAUUGAAGUGGCCGUGUUCAUUAGAGGUGUAAAUGUGAAUGUGCAAUCAAGUGCUAGAUUUCUCUAUGGGACGAGAUGAUUCUGUUUUUAGUUGUUUCUUCACAAUGCGCUACGAGCUUUUAUCUAUUUUAAAUCUCCUUUUAGUUGUUUACUUGUAUUUAUCUAUAUAGGUGUUUUAGAGUAAACAGAGUUGCACCAGCUCUGUGCACUGUUUUCUCAGUGUGGAAAAAGUGCUUCAAAUUUUAUGGAGGUUCCUGGUGAAUUAGGAAGUUGUGCUUUUUGAUCCCUCUAUCAGAUCUAUAUCUUUGCGUGAGUGACAUCCCUCAAGAUAACAUCGGUGGCCUCAACAAUGACUUUCAAGUUGCACUUUGUUUGACAGCAUUGUCCCAAAUGUUCCCUCGGCUCCUUUUCACCGACUGAUGGCUCUUAGGCUGAAUGGCCUUAAUGUUAAAUAGGCUCAGUAGUUUUGUCUCUACAAGCUUAGCAUUCCUCUGCAUUAGCGCUCCUGCAUUUGAGUUUCCCAUUGCAUUCGCGUAAUUUUGUAUAACGGCCGGCACUGAAUAAGUAACAUAACAUCUGUAUAAUGAAAAGUCACUAUGUGAAACACACCUCAGACACCUGUUGUUUUGGGCCGAGCAUUUCAAGAUGAUGCCUUGAUUAAUUGCGCACAGUCUAUGUGCUGUUAUUUUUCGUUGGUAUUCCUCAUUCUAGACUAAUAUUUUUCUACGUACACAAAUGAAUGAGUUAAGUGCAAUCACAAGUUUUAACUUGAGUAGUUUUUUUUCCAACAGGUUAAUGACUAUGAAUCCUUUUAAAACUUGCGGGAAAAACUCAUUUGUAAAAGGUGCUUUGACCAUCUUAGUAAUAAAAAGGGAUAUUUUCAGGGAAGAUGCAUUUUAUUUGAUAGUGUCCUAAAUACCACACAUCAUUUGGACUCUUAACAGAAUCUUUUUUGAAAGCAUACUAAAGUAUUGUUAUACUCAUGUAAUAGAAAAUUAAUUAUCAUAAUUUGGUAAUAUAUUUGACAAUUUCUGAAUCAGUCCACCCCUCCCUUCCAGUGCAAGCCAGUGUGGUAAUUAACCAAGCUUCACAACGUUUAAUGGCCUUAUGCAAUUUUGGAAUUAUUAUGUCAAUAUAAUUUUACACGAAAGCACAACAGAGUUUGAAAUUAUUUAUGACUUGGGCUUUUCAAGGAGAGGGAAGCACUCUUUUAUUCUAGGAAUGGUGAGAAAGUGGUCCUGCUCCCUAAAGAUGUGUUGUGUUGAUUGUAUUCCAGUUGUUUCACAAAUGUAUUCUUGUACAAGUAUAUAGUUAUGCUUUGGCUUGAUGGAUUAGACUUUUGUCAUAAAUUAUUACAAUUUCUUCAAUUUGGGAGAGGUUGCAUUCAAAGAGUGCUCCACACAGUGAUGUAAAAUUCUUUGGAGAACUUUAUUGAUAAUAGUGCUCUUCAUUUCUUGUGAUAAAAGACUUUCUAAAAGUUUCACAAAAGUUAUUAGAAUUGUGUACAUGGAAGUGUUUGUAUCCUCAAUUUUGUACCAAUUUUGUUAGUAAACAAAAGUUUUAUCUUUUUAGUAUUCCUGUGCUCACUGCAAUAAUUAAUAUUUGUAUUAGCAUUGGUUGCAUUAUUGUUGCUUUUGGAAACUUGCAGCUGUUUUGUGUUAAAUUUUUUCUACAGUUUUUGUGCUUCAUUCCUGUAAUAAAGAG